AUGAAUGGCUUUUCCGACCAUGGGCUCGACGAGGGAGCUUUUGGAGAGUCAAAGGCCUCUUCGGUCGUAAAAGCCUUUGACGCCUUCCCCAAAACCAAACCCUCGUACCAGACAAAGACACAGAAUGGAGGAGUGUGGACGCUCUUCCUCGCCGUGGCCUCGCUCCUGCUGGCAGUGACCGAGGUGCGCCGCUGGUACGUGGGCGAAACACACCACACCUUCAGCGUCGAAAAGGGCGUUUCGCACAAUCUGCAACUCAACCUCGACAUUGUCGUCGCCAUGAAGUGCGACGACCUACACCUCAACGUCCAAGAUGCCUCUGGCGAUCGCAUCAUGGCAUCUCAAGCUCUGUCCCGCGACCCCACCAUCUGGUCCCACUGGGACAACAUCAAAGGCGCCCAUUCCCUCGGCAGCAGCGCAGCCGAAAGAGGCGGUGUCGACUAUCAAGAGGAGGAUGUUCACGAUUACCUGGGCGCUGCCCGCAAGAAGAGAAAAUAUGCAAAAACACCGAGAUUGGGCAGGGGUGCUUCCCCCGAUUCUUGCCGCAUCUUUGGCAGUCUCGAGCUCAACAAGGUCCAAGGAGAUUUCCACAUCACCGCUCGCGGACACGGCUACAUGGAGUUUGGCCAACACCUGGAUCACUCGUCCUUCAACUUUACGCAUUACAUCAAUGAAUUGAGUUUCGGUCCUUUCUACCCCGGUCUGAACAAUCCGCUGGACAAUACGCGCACCGCUACCGAGCAGCACUUUGAAAAGUUCCAGUACUAUCUUUCGGUUGUGCCGACUGUAUAUACGGAUAACCCGGGGGCUCUGCAGAAAUACUCUGAUGCGGCUGUCCCGUUGUCUUCUGGCGAUGAUUCGGUUCCGCAAGUGCGUUUGCCUCGCAACACAAUCUUCACCAAUCAAUACGCCGUCACUGAGCAAUCACACGUCGUCUCGGAACGCCAGGUCCCUGGUAUUUUUGUCAAGUUUGACAUCGAGCCUCUGAUGUUGACGAUUGCUGAGGAGUGGGGUGGCCUGUUGAGUCUGUUGGUCAGAUUGGUCAAUGUAGUCAGCGGUGUGUUGGUUGCCGGUGGCUGGGUCUUCCAGAUUCAGGAGUGGGCUAAUGAGGUUGCGGGAAGGAGGAGGCAGAGGAGACAAGAUGGACACGGCGGUGUUCUGACGGGGAGAAAGAGUAUGGACAAGAAUUAG